CUUCAGUGUUACCAUAGUGAAAAAACUUGAGAUCCUCUCUCACAGACUGUAUCAGUGAUGGGUCUUUGUGUCUGGACUGUCUACCUUUGCAGAAUCCUCAUAAGAUACCAGCUUAAGAAGUAUUAUAGAAUUUUUUUUUUUCUUUUAGCUUAUUUUUUUUAUAAACAGUUUCUGAUGAAGAAUUGUGCAUUCACUAUAGAAGUCCAUGGAUUACUGAACCACAUUUACAAUCAUAAGUGCCGGACUUCUUCAUACAUUGACCAACAAUGGCCAGUUCUUGCUGAGAAGGGCUCAGUUACCUAAGCAGGCUGUACACAUGUAAUUUUUAGUCUUUUUUUUCUCAGAAACAUUCAACUUUACAAAGGAAAACAUGCUAAAGAAAAUCCAAUUAGCUUUUCAUCCAAACUCCUGCAGUCGUGAUCUUGUGGACAGUAACCCUUCGUACAAUGGCACCCUAUCACCGGUGCGCCUGGUCCGCAGCACUUCCAUGUAUGUGGUUGGUGGUGGAAAACAGGCUUCUAAUGAGUCGCUAAAAAAGUACAAAAGUACAACCAAUAUUGAGGAGACGGGAUGCUGCCAUUUCAAAGAUGAGGACUCCGCAUGGAUGUUUGCCAAGACACAAGACUUCCUACAAUACCUCCAGGACUUGUUAGCACUUAGAAAGAAAUAUCUGAGCAGUCUCCAUAAUUUGAGGUGUAUGACAGGUGCCUCGGAAUACUCUCCAUCCAGCAAGUCUCCCAUUAAGCCAACCUCUCAUGAGACUGGUAACUGUAAGGUCUCAAAGGGAAUUUUGGAGCAUCAUCUCAACAGUGACAUCCAAGAUGCAAUAGCUUAUUUUGACUCGGUUAUUGCAGAACUGGACACGGAGAGAAAAAUAAGGACACUCCCAAGUGAUUUCAAGCAUGCCGAUGUUGACUUUGAUGUGGCCACCAGUAGCCGGGAACAUAGUUUACAUUCAAACUGGAUUAUGCGAUCACCACGAAGAACCACAGAAGACAUCAUCAAAGCAUCAGCCUACAGCCAGUCUUGGAGAAGUAGCUUCGGGACCACAAAUAUGAAGAGGAUAGAACGAUAUCCAAUUUAUUUGCCGAAAGCUGUGGAAGGGGCCUUUAACACACUGAAAUUUAAACCUAAGCCUAAGCGAAAGUAAGUGAAGUAUAGAAUGGUUAAAAGACUAUGUUAAAUUUAACCUAAAAUGCAUAUGCAUAAGGGCUAGUUGCCAUUGUCUCUGA